GUAGCCCGGGAAAAGCAGCUAAAAAUAGAGGGAGGGAGGGAAGGGAAAAGUAGGGAGAGAGGCAAAUGAGGGGAGGUUUGGACGUGGCAGGAGUUCUUCCUUUUCUUCUUCUUUCUCUGUUGCAUGGCCAAAUCAAUGCCAGCGACGGAACACUGAUAGCUUCAGUGCUCCUCAUUGCACUAAGAUGGUUCGGAUCUUUCUUCCAUUUUCUGCUCUGCUUUUGGGGCUUCUCAUCAUCCCACUCCAUGGAAAGACCGACUCUCCUGAUGGCUCUAGGGUGACAAUGGAGGGGCAUACCUGAUGGACGGGGUGGAUCUCACGAGAGUUCCACCCAUAUGGUGCUAGGGACCUAAGGGAGUUAUGCCACAUUGCUUCUUCAAUCAGUGGCUUACAAAAGUCUGCAAUGGCUGCCUUUCCAGUGAGGGUCUGAGAUCCCAAUUUAUGAGAUGUUUAUGAUGGUCCAAUCAAAGCAAUUGUUUAUUAGGUGGCUCAUCAAUGGUGGAUAUCAUCAUACAAAUGCAUGCGUGUGUUCAUGGUGCACCAUAUGAAGUCGCUGCCCUCACAGUGAUGUACACGAGCUUAAAUUCUCCUUCUCAGCUCACUGGUUGGCGUUCGAGUGGAGGUGAUCCCUGUGGCGAGUCCUGGAAAGGAAUUGAGUGUUCAGGCUCAUCUGUGACAGAAAUCAGACUAUCAGGUCUUGGACUGACUGGGACAAUGGGGUAUCAGCUAUCAAGCUUGACAUCCGUGACCUACUUUGAUUUGAGCAAGAAUAAGCUUAGUGGCGAUAUACCAUACCAACUUCCACCAAAUGUACUUCACAUAAAUCUUGCUAGUAAUAGCUUCACUGGUGGCAUACCUUACUCAAUUUCGCAAAUGACAGACCUUAAAUACCUAAAUCUUGGUCAUAAUCGGCUUAGCGGCCAGCUGAGUGAUAUGUUUGGAAAGCUACCCAAACUCUCUUUGCUGGAUCUCUCGUUCAAUAGCCUGUCGGGUAAUCUACCUCCGAGUUUUGCAUCCCUCAAAAGUCUUAGCACUCUGUACUUACACAACAAUCAGUUUACUGGUCCAAUAGAUGCUCUUGCACGUCUUCCUCUGGAUGACCUGAAUGUUGAGAAUAACCGUUUUACUGGUUGGAUUCCAAAGAAGUUGAAGGAUAUAGAUGCCAUUCAGACCCAAGGAAAUAAAUGGUCAGACCCACAGGCAAAUGAAAUCAGCCACUCAUUCAACAAUAAUGGAAAUACGAAGUUUCUUCUGAAAGUAGGAGCCAUUGCUGUAUCAGUGGUUAUAUUAUUGAUCUUGGCUGUGUUUUUACUAGUCAUUGUUGCACGGAAAUCUUCAUCUUCCCCACCAUCACAUUUUCUUGAUGAUGAAAAGUUCAACCAAAAGAGAUCGUUUAGCCCUCUAGUUUCCCGUGAGUUUAAAGAGCUUCAGACAAUGGAAGCUACUUCAUUCACUGUGGAUACUUUGGAUAAAUUUGCUUCGAUGGGUGUUAAACCUCCUCCUAAUUGGCAAAAAUCAUCGAGUAAUAAUGAAGUUAUGAGUAGAUUCAGUUCCAGAAAAAGCACAGAUCUCAUUACUGCCACAGCUUAUUCACUGGAGGACCUACAGGGUGCUACUGGGAGCUUUGGUCUGGUCCACGAUAUCGGGCAGGGGUCAAUUGGUCAUGUUUAUAAGGCAAAAUAUGAGGAUGGGAAGGUUUUAGCUGUGAAGAAGAUAGACUCUGCGAUUCUUGAAAAUGGUGGUUCUGAAGAAUUCAUGAACGUGGUCUCAAGAAUCUUACAGCUGCGCCAUCCAAACAUCACCGAACUUGUUGGUCAUUGUGCAGAGAACGGUUAUUAUCUGUUAGUCUAUCAAUUCCUGAAGAAUGGGUCGCUUCAUGAUUUCCUACAUCUUUCAGAUGAAUACAGCAAGCCGUUGACGUGGAACACUCGAAUUAGGAUUGCUCUCGGCACAGCUCGGGCCGUAGAGUACCUGCAUGAAAUCUGUUCUCCUUCUACCAUGCACAAAAAUAUCAAGUCCAGUAACAUCUUGCUCGACACUGAGCUCAAUCCCCACCUUUCAGAAUGCGGUUUGGCUACCUUUUACCAGCACACAAGCUGGAGCUCAGAGGAUGGAUACAAUGCUCCAGAAUGCAUCAAGCCAUCAGCGUACACUUUGAAAAGUGAUGUAUACAGUUUCGGGGUGGUUAUGUUGGAGCUGUUGACGGGUCGGAAGCCUUUUGACAGUUCAAAACCGAUAGAAGAGCAGUCUCUAGUUGGGUGGGCUGCACCGCAUCUCCACAACAUAAAUGCAUUGGAAGAUAUGGUGGACCCUGCUCUACGGGGAUUGUACCCGCCCAAGUCACUUUCUCGUUUUGCUGAUGUCAUCGCUCUGUGUGUCCAGACGGAGCCAGAAUUUCGGCCACUCAUGUCAGAGGUGGUGCAAUCGCUCGGCCGAUGUGCAUGAGCAUGAACAAUAGGGACUGGUUAGUGAAGAACCUGGUGCUUCUAACGGACAUGGAUGGACCACGGAACCCAAUCCAUAUUUAAGGGAGAGACCGUUUUUCUCGAAAAUAUCCAUACCAAGGGGCCAAUUGCAUUUGUUUCUUCCCAUUGAACUUGCCUGAUAUCGUCAUAGUGUUGCUGAUUGUAGCAAGUUAUUCUCCUACAAUUCAUCAAAAAAAAAAAAAGAAAAAGAAAAAGAAAAAGAAAAUUAUUCUGCAUUUUUUCUAUGCUCUCUCUCUCUCUCUCUCUCUUAGUGUACAAAAGGAUUACGCUUUUAAAUUAGACAGCGCAUGCUAUUUCCAAUAUUCAACCGUUGAUCUGGACUUCAUCAAUACUUGAUUUCUUUUGGUUGUGUUUUCAUAAUCAAUCUGAGAAUGAUUGAUUCUAUGAAUGCAAUUUGAUGAUGAAAUUCAAUGGACCAUUUUCAGCUUGGAAAUGAUAA